AUGGCAGCAGGACCAAGACUGUACGCCAAGGGCCGCGUUCAAGGCUUCAAGCGUGCCAAGCGCAAUCAGAGGGAGAACACCUCGCUCAUCCAAAUCGAGGGUGUCGCCAACAACCAAGAGGCACGCUGGUACUGCGGCAAGCGAGUUGCGUACGUCUACAAGGCGCAGAAGCCAUCGCCCAACGGCUCUCGCGUUCGGGUCAUCUGGGGCAAGGUCACACGAGAACAUGGCAACUCUGGCAUUGUCAAGGCCAAGUUCAGGAAGAAUCUGCCGCCUCACACGUUCGGCGCGAGCGUACGAGUGGUCCGUCAUGCUCUCGCUCUGCAUGUUGCUUGCACUUGCUCACACGAGCAUUCUGCAGAUGCUCUACCCGUCGACGAUAUGAUCUAUCGACUAGAUGACGUGCUAGCCAGAUCAUGUCAAGUGCAUUUCUAUAUACUGCUCGAACCGGCUCCUCCAGCUGAGACCAUGCGCGGCUUGUGA